AUGCACCACAAGUCUCUCACAAACGAUUACACUCCCCCAACUAUAGGAUUCCGUGGUAAUAUCUCUCAUAUUCCAUUCUCUCUGUUAAACGAAUCCUUUCACCAAAAUAAGCUUAAUUAUGCCAGAAAGGUGCUAAACCGGAUGCUGGAGAAAGGAUUGGGUCUUAAUGUCGCCACAUACAAUGCAUUAAUUAAUGGGUAUCGCGAGGAUGGAGCAGUUGAGGCUGCACAUGAAAUUUUGGCUUUGAUGGAAUCAAAUGCUUGUUGUCCAGAUGUUUACACACUCAGUGCAUUGAUUGACGGGCUGUGUAAAAGGAAUAAUGUGCACCAGACAAUGGCACUGCUUAAUAAAAUGCUUGAACUGAAGCUCUCACCAAACUUGGUAACAUAUAACUCGUUAAUCCAUGGACAGUGUAAAGCAGAUCAUUUCGAUAGUGCUUGUAGGUUGCUUAAUUUGAUGACUCAUAGUGGUUUGGCUCCUGACCAGAUUACUUACUGUGCUUUCAUCGACAGUCUCUGUAAGUGGAACAGAUUACCGGAAGCUCAAACCAUGUUUGAUACUCUCAAGAAGAAUGGCAUCAAGUCAAGUACAGAGAUGUUUACUGCUUUAAUUGAUGGUUACUGCAAGAUUUGGAAAAUCGAUGCCGCCCUUUCUUUAUUUGAUCAAAUGCUCACUGAGGAUUGUUUGCCAAACUCAUAUGCCAUCAAUGCCUUGAUACAUGGGCUAUUCAAAGAGAGAAACAUGAUGGAAGCAUCCUCAGUCAUGGAAAAAAUGUUAAGUAUAGGUGUGAAGCCUACAGUCCCUCAUUACAAUAUUUUAAUUAAUCGUGUUCUGAAAGAAGGUGAAUUUGAUCGUGCUCAUGAGCUUCUCAAUAAAAUGGUUUCUGUCGGUAACCAACCUACUGUAAUUACUUACAACACAUUUAUUGAGGCAUAUUGCGCGCUUGGGAAUAUAAAGGAAGCGGAGAAGGUGAUGAUUAAGAUGAAUGUAGAAGGAAUUUCUGCAGAUUCAUUGACUUACACAUUUUUAAUUGAUGCAUAUGUCCGUAUGGGAUUAAUUGAUUGUGCUUUUGAUGUUCUUAAGCGCAUGUUUGGUUCUGGUUGUGAGCCUUGUCAUCGUACCUAUUCCUUUCUAAACAAACAUCUCUCAAAUGAAAAGUUGGUCAUGACAAACAGUAAAGCAGUGGGUCUCGAUAUCAUGUUAAAUGUCUCUGGCAAUAUUACUGAUAUAUGGAAGACCAAGGAUUUUGGAAUUGCUUUGGAGCUGUUUGAGAAGAUGGUUGGACAUGGUUGUGCUCCCAAUAUGAACACUUAUGGCGAGCUUAUAAUAAGACUUUGCAAAGAGAGAAACUUGAGAGAUAUGGGUAUUUCUCCUAACGAAGGUAUUUAUAUUUCUCUUGUUAAUUGUUGCUGUGAGAUGCAAGUAUACGGAGAGGCAGCAAUGCUAGUGCAUACUAUGAUUGAGCAUGGUUAUUUACCAGCAUUGGAGUCAUGCAAGUUGCUUGUAUGUGGACUUUUUGAUGAAGAGGACGACGAGAAGGCUAAGGCAGUUUUUUGUAGUAUGCUUCGCUGUGGUUAUAACUAUGAUGAAGUUGCUUGGAAACUUCUCCUUGAUGGUUUGGUUAAGAGGGGCCAUUUAAAUAGAGGAUCAGAGCUGCUAAAAAUCAUGGAGAAGAUGGGUUGCCAGCUUUAUCCAGAGACAAAUAGAAUGUUGACCGAGGGACUUAAUGGAACAUGA